AUGCGGCAGCGUGGAAGCAGCAGGACCGGGUUGUCCAUCGCUGUGGUCCAGCUGCGCUUCUCACAGCCUCCAGUCCACGUGUGGGGAGUGGAGGACAAGGCAUCAACGCCGCCCAUAUGGAGUGACUGCCGUAUCGAGCAGUGGAGAGUCAAACCAAAGAGCCGGAGCGCUCCUCGAUCAAAGGACCUGUAUGGCAAGAGAGCUUUUCCCCUGCCAGACCGGCAACCUGACCUCAAGACACGUGUUGCGGCUCGCUCCGCGGACAUAAGCUGUCAUUGCCGAUGCUCGUCAAUUCGGCGGCACGAUACACCAAAUUCCGGCGAAAGAAAAGGCCGUGCACGUUAUUGCCGACACGAAUGCGAUCCCGUGCCUGUCAUCGUUGAAUCCAUGCUUUCCGGCUGA